AUGGGGAAGAAGGAUAAAAAUGAGGAGCGGAAGGAGAGAAUCCUGAAUCUCACACUGGAGAUUAUCUAUCUGCUGACUGGAGAGGGCUACGUCAUCCCUAAGAAGAAGAGCCCAACUGUGGGUUUGGGGGCCCUGCAUGCCCCUGGCUCCGUCAUACAGAAGGAAAAUGACAAGAAGAUCCUGGAACUCAUCUCCAACAUCAUCCAGCUGCUGACUGGAGAGGUUGCCAUAAGGUGUGAGGAUGUUUCCAUCUAUUUUUCCUUGGAGGAGUGGGAGUAUAUAAAAGGAAACAAGGCCCUUUACAGGGAAGGGAUAAAGGAGGAGGAGGAGCCCCAGCAGCUCCGCCCACUGGCGGAACAGCCCCCACCGGCCAAUGGGAUUAAAGAGGAGGCGGCUUCAUGUGAAGGGGGAAACCAAUCAGAUUGCAGCAUUAAUCCCCUUACAGAACAGAUACAGGGAACAGACACACCUACUCCUAUCAUGGGGCGGAGCCUGAAUAACAGCUCGGCAGAGGAUUAUAAACCGGUUGUCAUUAAAGAGGAGGCGAGUUCAUGGGAGGAAGAAAAGCCCCUCGCAGAAGGAACACAAGGAACAGACACAGCGACUCUCAUGGGGCGGAGCCUGAAUAGCAGCGGCUUCCCUAAGGAUACAGCCAGUGGUACUGAAGAGGAAUCGGAUUCAUGGGAAACGGACCAUAAUUACUGCAACAUAAAUACAGAGCAGCCACCGGGAACGGACCAAUCAGCUACCACCAUGGGCUGCAGCCUGAACACCAACUCGCCAGCGAAUUAUGUAUCAUUUGUUAUUAAAGAGGAGGUGGCUACAUGGGAAGGCGAAAUCCAAUCGUAUUACAGAAUUCAUCCCCUUACAGAACAGAUACAGGGAACAGACACACCUACUCCUAUCAUGGGGUGCAGCCUGAAUAACAGCUCGGCAGAGGAUUAUAUAUCAGUUGUUAUUAAAGAGGAUAAAUCUUCAUGGGAAGGGGGAAACCAAUCAGAUUGCAGCAUUAAUCCCCUUAAAGAACAGAUACAGGGAACAGACACACCUACUCCUAUCAUGGGGUGCAGCCUGAAUAUCUUAGAAAUGAAGGAUAAUAAUUAUGAUAAAAAUUCCCACCAAUCUCCACAUAAAUCUGAAAUAACAAAAUAUAUAUCAUGUGGGAAAUACAGCUGCAAUGAGAAUCAUAAACAUUUUAAUUCUAAUAGAGACUUUAAUAAACGUCGGAGAACCCACACAGGGGAGAAACCUUUUUCUUGUUCAGAAUGUGGGAAAGGUUUUUCAAGCAAAUUUCAUCUUGAUCGGCAUGAAAGGACUCACACAGGGGAGAAACCAUUUUCUUGUUCAGAAUGUGGGAAAUGUUUUUCAAGCAAAUUUCAUCUUGAUCGGCAUCACAGGACUCACACAGGGGAGAAACCAUUUUCUUGUUCUGAAUGUGGGAAAUGUUUUUCAGACCAAUCCCACCUUAAAACUCAUCAGAGAAUCCACACAGGGGAGAAACCAUUUUCAUGUUCUUUAUGUGGGAAAUGUUUUUCAGACCAAUCCCACCUUAAAACUCAUCAGAGAAUCCACACAGGGGAGAAACCAUUUUCAUGUUCUUUAUGUGGGAAAUGUUUUUCAGACCAAUCCCACCUUAAAACUCAUCAGAGAACCCACACAGGGGAGAAACCAUUUUCAUGUUCUGAGUGUGGGAAAUGUUUCUCAGACCAAUCUGACCUGAACUUUCAUUAUAGAACCCACACAGGGGAGAAACCAUUUUCAUGUUCUGAAAGUGUGAAAUCUUUUUCAGACCAGUCACUCCUUAAAAUUCAUCAUGGAAUCCAUACAGGGGAGAAACCAUUCCAUUGCAUUGAAUGUGGGAAAUGUUUUUCAAAGCAAUCUGAUCUUGAUUGUCAUCAAAGGACUCACACAGGGGAGAAACCAUUUUCUUGUUCUGAAUGUGGGGAAUAUUUUUCAGACCAGUCCAACCUGAAAAUUCAUUAUAAAACCCACACAGGGGUGAAACCAUUUUCAUGUUCUGAAUGUGGGAAAUGUUUUCCAGACCAAUCCCACCUUAAAACUCAUCAGAGAACCCACACAGGGGAGAAACCAUUUUCAUGUUCUGAGUGUGGGAAAUGUUUUUCCUGUCAAUCUAGCCUUAAUCGGCAUCAAAAGAUUCACACACGGGAGAAACCAUUUUCUUGUUCUGAAUGUGGGAAAUGUUUUUCAGACCAAUCACUCCUUAAAAGUCAUCAGAGAACCCACACAGGAGAGAAACCAUUUUCAUGUUCUGAGUGUGGGAAAUGUUUUUACUGUCAAGCUAACCUUAAUCGGCAUAAAAGGACUCACACAGGGGAGAAACCAUUUUCUUGUUCUGAAUGUGGGAAAUGUUUUUCAGACCAAUCACUCCUUAAAACUCAUGAGAGAACCCACACAGGGGAGAAACCAUUUUCAUGUUCUGUAUGUGGGAAAUGUUUUUACUGUCAAUCUAAUCUUAAUCGGCAUCAAAGGACUCACACAGGGGAGAAACCAUUUUCUUGUUCUGAAUGUGGGAAAUGUUUUUCAGACCAAUCACUCCUUAAAAUUCAUCAGAGAACCCACACAGGGGAGAAACAAUUUUCUUGUUCUGAAUGUGGGAAAUGUUUUUCAGACCAAUCACUCCUUAAAACUCAUCAGAGAAUCCACACAGGGGAGAAACCAUUUUCAUGUUCUGUAUGUGGGAAAUGUUUUUACUGUCAAUCUAACCUUAAUCGGCAUCAAAGGACUCACACACAGGAGAAACCAUUUUCUUGUUCUGAAUGUGGGAAAUGUUUUUCAGACCGAUCACUCCUUAAAACUCAUCAGAGAAUCCACACAGGGGAGAAACUAUUAUCAUGUUCUGAAUGUGGGAAAUUUUUUUUCUCUCAAUCUAGCCUUAUUCGGCAUCAAAGGACUCACACAGGGGAGAAACCAUUUUCAUGUUCUGAGUGUGGGAGAUGUUUUUCAAUGCAACGUGACCUGAAACUUCAUUCUAGAACCCACGCAUUUGUGAAAAAUUUUUCUUGUUCUGAAUGUGGGAAAUUUUUUCCAAAGCAAUCUGAGCUUGAUUGUCAUAAAUAUGUUCACACAGUGGAGAAACCAUUAAAUAUACCUUCACAAGGACGUAAAACGUAAA